UAGAGCAGUGAGCGAAACUACCCAGAGGACCAGACAGACUUUACAUUAUUUUUUAUUCAUUUAAUCGCUUUAAAACAUUAAUAUCAGUGUUUUUAGGUGAAUCUGCUCCUCGUUUUGGAACAGGAGAAGGUUUUUCCCAUCAGCUCCGUGGAUUACGCACGGAGGAGCUCCCGGGACAGAGAAAAGUUUUGAAGUUUUGUUGAACCGGAAUGCUGCACAAUCUAACCAAAAUCACCUGAGCCCCUAUGGAGUGACUUCCUGCUUUCUUUAAGACUGCAUUUAUGUAUGGAUUAGAAUAACAUUUACCAAAGGAGAGAGAGAUAUAUCUGAAGAUUUAUGCAUUGGGGGAUGGCAACAGCCACCUCCAGUCCUUACCUCGCCAGCAGCAGGAUUUUGUCCAGCCCGGUGCUUCACUCUGAUCGGAGAGUCGGGGGCAUGCAGCCGGGCAGCACCGCUGUGACCACGGUGUCUAGUGGAUACAGAGGGGACCCUUCAGUCAAGAUGGUGCAGAGUGAUUUCAUGCAGGGAGCCAUGGUGGCGAGCAACGGGGGGCACAUGCUGAGCCAUGCCCACCAGUGGGUGACAUCGUUGCCUCACGCAGCAGCCGCAGCAGCUGCAGCCGCGGUGGCAGCAGCCGAGGCCGGCUCCCCGUGGCCCCCCAGCUCCCAGCCGCAGGACGUGAAGAGGGGCAGGGAGGACCUCCAUACAGGCACCGCUCUGCACCACAGACCCCCACACCUGGGGACGCAUCAGGCGCACCAGGGAAGUUGGGGAGGCUCUUCCGCGGCGCACAUCAGCAUCACCGAGGGGCAGCAGCAGCAACAGUCGCUCAUUUACUCCCAGCCUGGGUUCACUGUCAACGGGAUGCUUAGCUCCCACGCCGGGCAGAGCCUCAUGCACCACGGGGUGUUGCGCGGGGAGUCCCCGGAACUCGACCACGGGAACCACCAUCACCACCAUCACCACCACAACAAUAACAACCACCACACGCACCACAGCCAGCACCACGGCGUGAACCACGAGCAGCACUCAGACGAGGACACGCCGACGUCUGAUGACUUGGAGCUUUUCGCCAAACUGUUCAAGCAGCGGCGGAUCAAGCUGGGCUUCACGCAGGCAGACGUGGGUCUCGCUUUGGGCACCCUGUACGGCAACGUGUUCUCACAGACUACCAUCUGCAGGUUUGAGGCGCUCCAGCUGAGCUUUAAGAACAUGUGCAAGCUGAAGCCUCUGCUGAACAAGUGGCUGGAAGAGGCCGACUCCACCACCGGGAGCCCGACCUGCAUCGAUAAGAUGGCCACGCAGGGCAGGAAGAGGAAAAAGCGCACGUCGAUCGAGGUGAGCGUAAAAGGCGCGUUGGAGAGCCACUUCCUCAAGUGUCCCAAGCCUGCCGCCCUGGAGAUCACCUCUCUGGCGGACUCCCUGCAGCUGGAGAAGGAGGUGGUCAGGGUCUGGUUCUGCAACCGCAGGCAGAAAGAGAAGCGCAUGACGCCGCCAGGACUGCCUCGCACCCCGGAGGACGCGUACUCGCAGGUGGGCAGCAUGGGACCGGACACACCGUCACCCUCCAUAGACUGCAAGAGGAUGUACAGCGACACGUGAAAAUAACUUACCGGACAAUAAAUCAGAACUUUUUUUUAGAUAAUAUGUCAUGUUUCCCUAAAUGAUAGCAUAAUUCAUAACAUUUUCUUAUAUGUCCCCAUGUUCUAUGGUCCUCAAUAAUGUUGUUUCCAAGUUGUACUCAUUUGAGAGCAGAACACUUGUAUGCAUCCUUUGGUAUUCCUGCACUAUGAAUCAGCCUUUGGGACAGAAAA